AUGCCUACCCCAUUGAAGAUCCUGGUGCCUGUCAAACGGGUCAUCGACUACGCUGUCAAACCCCGCGUCAACAAAGCCCGCACGGCCGUCGAGACCGCCGGCGUCAAACACUCCAUGAACCCUUUCGACGAACUCUCCAUCGAAGCCGCCGUCCGGAUGCGCGAACGCAAGAACCCUCCCGUCGACGACAUACUCGCCCUCAGCGCCGGCCCCGCCAAAUGCGUCGACGUGCUCCGCACAGCCAUGGCAAUGGGGGCGGACAGGUCGAUCCACGUCGAGAUCCCCGACGCCGGCCAAGGGCAGGCGGAACUCGAGCCGUUGGGGGUUGCGAAGCUGUUGGCAAAAGUCGUGGCGGAGGAGGGGCCGAACCUGGUGAUAUUGGGCAAGCAAUCCAUCGACGAUGAUUCGAACCAGACGGGGCAGAUGCUGGCGGGGUUGUUGGGGUGGGGCCAGGCGACGCAGGCGUCGAAGAUUGAGUUUGACGACGGCGAUCGGGUCAGUGUGACGCGGGAGGUGGAUGGCGGCGUGGAGACGGUGCGGUUUCCGUUGCCCGGGAUCAUAACGACGGAUUUGCGGUUGAAUGAGCCGAGGUAUGCGAGUUUGCCGAAUAUCAUGAAGGCGAAGAAGAAGAAGUUGGAGAAGAAGACUUUGAGUGAUUAUGGGGUGGAUGAGGGGAGGAGGUUGAAGACUGUUAGAGUGGAGGAGCCACCACCGAGGAAAGGAGGAGGAAAAGUAGAGGAUGUGGACGGUAUGAUAGCGAAGCUGAAGGAACUUGGGGCUAUAUAG